CAGUACAUUUCCAAAUCAUUAUUGAACUCACACUCAUCCAUCAUGGAGUCUUCGCCAGACUCAGUAUUUGACACUAUUGACGAUGCCACCAAUAAGGAUAUAGGAGUCAUAGUGUCUUCUCAAAGUGAUGGUUCGUUAUCUCAGGAGCCUACUUCUCCAGCCAGAACCGCUGGGAAGCUCGACGUGCUGGUUCAGGGUGUGGCAUUGUUUUCAGAUGGAUACAACAUCCAGAUCAUCGGAUACAUGAACACUGUUCUGGCUAAGCUUUAUCCGACACAGAUGACGAACGCAGUGAAGACUAGGCUUUCCAACUCCAUUCUCAUUGGCGACAUUUUUGGCAUGCUCAUCUUUGGUCUAUGCAUUGACAAAUUUGGCCGGCGAGUUGGAAUUAUUCUGACUACUCUCUUCUUGGUUUUGGGUAUCGUGAUUGCCACUGCUGCCCAUGGAGCCUCUAUCGAGGGCAUGUUUUGGAUGAUGGUCAUAGGCCGCGGUGUUGCGGGUGUCGGUGCUGGAGGAGAGUACACAGUCUGCACCUCGCAGGCUCUGGAGUGUGCCGACAGCACAGAGGCCAUGCGAAGGAAACGCGGAAUGCUUGUCGCCGUCUCCACGAACGCUGCUAUCAUCUCUGGCUUUGUCGGAUCCAGUAUCGUCUCUUUGAUCGUCAUCGCGGCUUACAAUGGCCAGGCCAGUGAUGGCAUCUGGCGCAUAUGCUUCGGAAUCGGGAUCUUUCUUCCGUUGGCUAUAUUCUUCUUCCGGCUACGACUCGUCGAUUCACAGCAGUACCAGAAACACGCCAUUCAGCGCAACAUACCGUAUCGUCUCGCUAUCAAGUUCUACUGGAAGCCACUCCUCGGAUGCUGCAGCGCAUGGUUUCUUUACGACGCCGUCGUGUACCCCUUUAACCUACUUGCACCAACGCUGGUAUCAGGCUUCUCUUCUCAGCAGACAAUGAUCCAGUCAAUUGGCUGGUCCGCCCUUAUCAAUGCCUUUGCCCUUCCAGGCGCCUUCAUCGGCGCGAUGCUGAUGGACCGCAUCGGCCGUCGCCAAACUUACGCCCUCGGGUGGUCCAUUGUCUGCGUUUUGGGCUUCGCCAUCGGUGGCAGCAUGAUUCAACUCAAUAAUAUCUUCCCGCUUUUCGUCACCCUCUACGGCCUGUUUCAGACUUUCCUGUCCGUCGGUCCUGGAGAUUGCAAUUUCCUAGUAUCGAGCGAGUCCUUUCCCACGCCGCUCAGAGGCCACUUUCUGGGCUUCGCGGCUGCUGUGGGCAAGGCAGGCGCUGCUAUCGGCACGACUGCGCUUAGUGCAGCGCUUGCAAGCUUUGAUGAGAAGCUGAAGGGACAGCAGGCAAUAUUCCUCAUUGGGAGUGGCAUUUCGGUCGUCGGUACUCUAUGUGUGUGGUUCCUGAUCCCAGACGCUCCCAAGCAUCUGGAAGAUGAAGAUGUUCGUUUCAAGAAGUAUCUUGAAGCCAAUGGCUACGACACUAGUCAGAUGGGACUCAAGGCGUGAUCUCGGUCCAGGCUGUUGGAAUUACUUAAGAAAGCCUGAGAAGGGGAUGUGUCCUUACAUCCCACCGAAAUUGGACUCAGAAUGAUAAAUAACAUAUAAGUAUGCCAGAACUAAUCUUCCACUUCUUUUAGCUGAAGUGAGGAUAUUUCAGAAGCAAGGUCGUCGUAUCUUUGUCGGACAUGAUCGAUGGGUUUCUUUCGAUGCGAACAACCGUAAGGUCUAACUUUCAACAAUGGUUCUCAUUGAGACCGAGAGUAUCCUGGAAGUAUUUUCCAACGUUUGCAUUGGUGCCAGCUCAGCAUAUGUUCUCAACAACAGACUCACUCUGAGACCUAAAGAUAUUGGCAACCUUCUCUCAUAGGUAUUGGAG